AUGGAAGCUAAUACAAGUAGGAUUUUAAAUUUGAAUGGUUCUAAUUAUCAAGUUUGGAAAGGCAAGAUGGAUGAACUUCUUUAUGUGAAGGAUUAUUAUAUGCAUGUGUUUCACACUGACAAACCUGAAGAUAAAACAGAUGCAGAGUGGAAUAUUUUGCAUAGAAAAAGUUAUGGGUUUAUUCGAAAAUGGGUUGAUGAUAAUGUUUUGAACCAGAUUAGCGGUGAGACUCAUGCUCUUACUUUGUGGAACAAGCUAGAGCCGUUGUAUGCUCGGAAGACCGGGAACAAUAGAUUGUUACUGAUUAAAAAGAUGAUUGGCUUGAAGUACCAUGAUGGAACUCCUAUUACUGAUCAUUUGAAUUCAUCUUCAGUACCAUCAGAAAUUACCACACCACAAGACAGUCCCUUGUAG